AUGAGACAGCCCGAUCUAUGGGAUAUCACCAAGAAUGUCAAACUUCGGGAGGUCCAUGACGAGCAAAUUUCCCUCGGUUCUGGUUCGUACGGAGAAGUUAAGUAUGGACAUUAUAUCGGCAACAAAGUUAUCCCGAUGGCCAUCAAGCAAGCGAGGGUAAACGACACCGAGCGUUUUGAGAGGGAAGUUAAAACCUGGGCGAAGAUGAUCCACCCCAACAUCCUGCCGUUUUGCGGAUAUCUGAAGCCUAGGACUGAUCGACCACUUGAACCUGUGUCUCCGUAUGUACCUGAGGGUACACUCCAAGAAUGCUGCAGGACGCACGAUCUCAGUUCCGACACAAAGAGGAGCUUGAUAUUCGAUGCCGCACUUGGUCUUGCAUACCUUCAUAAGAAAACCUUAGUUCACCUCGACGUCAAGGCUUCUAACAUUCUCGUCACUCACGUGAACACGGGAGGGUCUUCGUUCAAGCUCCGCGGGCUCCUCUGCGACUUUGGAUACGCUAAAGAUUUUAUCCUGAAGAACUACAACAGCUCAUCCAUCGGUAGAGGCUCGUUACCCUGGCAGGCAUGGGAAAUCGUUGCACCGAGCGCAGUCUCUCAGAAGCUGAAGUGUAAGGACUGGGAGAAGUCUCAAUUCCGUUCGCAGCAGCUACCCAAAGCGGACGUGUGGUCAUGGGGUAUGACAGUCCUGGAAGUAUACACGGGCAAGCAACCGUAUCACAACGUACCAGAAGAUGAGGUCGUCGACAAUCUCAGAAGGGGCAAGACGCCAUCAUUCAAAGUCGCCGAGCUUACCGCCAAGGGGAUGGACUCGGUGCUCAUGCGCCUGAUGCGGGAAUCCUGGGAGCUCAAUCCCGUGGCCCGGAAAUCGAUGCAAGCCAUCCUUGAUGAGGCGAAGGUCCCGUCUCCCGCCUCGGUGGAGCAGGAUACGUCCGAGCCCCGAACUCCCUCGGAUCAGCUUGAUAGCAGAGGGAACCGGAUAUUGUUUUAUGCUCGCGCAAAGGUCCCCGCGUGGGCUAGCACAGACAGGCUUCGAUUGAUUGAAGCACACGAACCGGACGAGCUGUUGAAAUUGAAGCAAGACGAUCUGAUUGCUGUAACACACGAGUCCCCCGAUGGCUGGUUCCGCGGACAGCGUUUCAAAUUUGUGAAAUGGAAGUAUCUCUGUCCGCCUGAGGGCCUCCGAGAGCCAAAGCCGCCCAAAACCAAGUUGCACAAGGAGCCAUUCCCGUUCGUCGCUCACCUGAACGGCUGGUACAAGGACCGUACAGGAAAGAUUCAUCGCGAAGGAACCACGGCCGUGAUGAUUGGUGGCCCUGCUCGUAACCCGAAAGACCCAAUUGAUCGAGACAAGAUGCCGGGUUCAGUACUUGAGCCUGCAGAAAGCGGCCUCUUCCCCGUCCACCACGCGAAAAGGAUUCUUGGGCCGAGGGCGAUCGAUUUGCCGGCCGGGGUCCUGUACUAUAUGACUGUAUGGUGCGAUUUCGAUGGUCGGAACAUGCUUUCGCACGAUGCGAAGGUGAAUCUGUGGUUCGAGACCAACGACGUGAUCGCGGUCACCGAUGCGCCUCCGGAGGCCCCAUGGGAAGGCGAGGUCGUGACCCCAAAGACUUCUCGUACGCGACUGUCAGGCACGUUUUUGCCUCAAGCGGUAGAGGUGGAGUAUCUAGCAAGCUGAGCGCUGAGCACUCAGACGUCACGCGUACACUGUCGAUAUUUCCUCUUAAGGAGAAGCGAUGUAGCGUAGAAUCUGGUAGAUUUCAGUACAUCUUUCCUAUGUAGCAUAACAGCAAUUGCUGCGAAUAACGAGUCGUCAUCAA